CGCACACGCCCAUCUAGCGUGCAGUCUAUUUCCUUUACUUAACUUCCCACAGUUCAAUGACUCAACUCGGCAGCUCAGCCUCUACAUGUGCAGGUCAAUGAAACAUGUGGCUUUACAAGGUCUUCAGUGUCAUAUAUUUCACUGCCUGUGCAGCUCAGGAUUCCCGUACUGUCUCCAUGUUCGAAGAUGUUUCUCCAACCAGUCCUUUGCCGAUCUCAACAGAGGCUCCAACUAUCUAUGAGCCACCUUUACCAUCUCUGCAGCUACGUUCAGAGUGGUCCCAUGUGUUCCCUUCUGAGAAAGUGGAGUUCAGUUGUAGUGUCACUGGAAGCGCUGACUGGACCUUCACCUGGUACAGAAAUACACAACGAGUACAAGAUCCAGAUCCAAAUGUGUCUUUGUCUGCAGAGGGAUCGAAGCUUACAAUCACAGCAGCAACACAAACAAAUCAGGGAAGUUAUUCCUGUAAUGCGCGUCACAAAACAAAGAACGUUAUCACUAAAAGUAAUUCAAUCGAACUCACAGUUUAUGCUAACAAGCCCAAACCUACUUUGACCAGAAGAUCAAACUAUGACAAGAUGUUCCCUGGAGAGUCGGUCACCUUCACAUGCAGGGUUGAUGUCUCCUCUGGAUGGGUUUACCUCUGGUACCAUAAGGGAACAGUUGAAAUUCAAGCUACUACUGAUAAUACUUAUACCAUAGCAUCUAUAGAUCAUACUAACAGUGGACCAUACCACUGCAAAGCCAAGAGAGGCAAAGAACCCUUCUACACAGAAGAGAGUGACACGACCCCUCUGCAGGUCUCUGACCCACCUAAACCAUCUUUGAAACUGCUGAGUUCCUGGCCAGAUGUGUUUGAAAAGGAGACGGUGGAGUUAAGUUGUGAAGUCAACAGCCCUGACUGGACGAUCACCUGGUACAGAAAUCAAGUUGAGCUCCAGGAAGACUUGCAGCUGGAUGCAGUGGACUCAUUUCUCAACAUCACCGUCAUCACUCAAGCCUAUGAAGGAGGCUAUGCCUGCAAAGCUCAACUCAAAUCAAGAAAAGUCAGCUCUGGAUUCAGCAACCCAGUCAAUGUCACAGUUUAUGAUAACACACCAAAACCAACGGUGAACAAGGUCCCUGGUUUUGACCCGAUGUAUGUUGGAGAAACCGUGAACUUAAAUUGCAAAGUAGAUGUGUCCUCUGGCUGGAAGUAUUGGUUCAGAGAUGGAAUUGAGCUUCGUGCCACCACUGAAACCCACAGCAUUUCUCUUGCGCUUUCUGGUCAGAGGAAAUACUCGUGCAAGGCCACCAGAGGUGAAAUCAUUUCGACAGACUUCAGUGAAGAAAUACAACAAGAUGUACAUGAAAUUCCCAUUCCAUCUUUGAAGCUGAUCACAGCGUGGAUUGAUGUGUUCCCCACUGAAAGUGUGAAGUUAAGCUGUGGGAUGAACGGCCGCGCUGACUGGAUUUACACGUGGUACAAAAACAGACAGGAAGUCCAAGUUGAUAAUGUUGCAUCUGUUGACUCAAAUGGAGCGACUCUUUCCAUUCGCUCUGCUUCAGCUAAACAUGCUGGACAAUAUAACUGCAAGGGCCACCUGAAUGACAGGUCUGUCAAAAGCAGCUUGAGCUCUGGACUGACUCUCAGUGUAUACACACAGAAACCCAGAAUCAGACUGACGCAAGAUCCAGAGUACAAGGUGAUGUUCCCUGGAGAGUCAGUCUCCUUUAGCUGUCACAUCAAUGGCUCUUUUGGAUGGACGUACAUGUGGUACAAAGAUAGCGUCCAGCUCAACGCGUCUGGAAGCAAGUACUCUCUCAACUCUGUGAAAACAUCAAAUAGAGGAGCAUAUGAAUGCCGAGCAAAAAGAGGUAGUGAUCAAGCCUUCCUCACUGACGUCAGUCAGGCUAUACGCCUUGAAGUUGAAGGAAAACAGCCUAAGCCCUUAAUGACUCAACAGCCAGAUGUUGAAAAGGUGUACACUGGAGAGUCAGUGUCCUUCGAAUGUAAAGUUGAACUCUCGUCAGGUUGGGCGUAUCAUUGGUACAAAGAUGGAACACAACUUCCGAUAAACACCAAUAGUUUUAACAUCCGUGACGCCAAUUUAACAAAUGGUGGGGCUUUUGUGUGUUUGGCCAUAAGAGACAAAACAAUGUACAAGACACAGCCCAGUGAUGGACGGAUCUUACGUGUAUCUGAAAUUCCUGUGCCAUCUUUGAAGUUGAUCACACCGUGGCUUGAUGUGUUCCCCACUGAGAGUGUGAAGUUUAACUGUUGGAUGGACGGCAGCACUGACUGGAAAUAUAUGUGGUUCAAAGACAGCAAGCUGGUCCUGGAAGAUAAUACCGCAUCCUUUAAUGCUGCUACUCUCUCUAUCAGUUCUGCUUCAGCCUCACACCACGGACGAUACAGCUGUUCAGGAAAACUCAAGAGCCGGACUGUAAGCAGCGUCUUCAGUGAAGGACUAACUCUGGAUGUUUAUGAUACAAAACCCAGAGUCACACUGAUGCAGAACCCCACACACCAUGUGAUGCAUACUGAAGAUUCAGUUUCCUUUAGCUGUUACAUUAAUGUCUCUUCCGGAUGGGAGUACCUGUGGCUCAAAGAUGGUCAUCUACUCACCGAAUCUGGAAACAAUCACACCAUCAGAUCUGUUGUGAGAACAAACAGCGGAUCAUAUCAAUGCCAAGCUAAAAGAGGAAGAGAUACAGUCUUCAGCUCAGACCGGAGUCAGGCUGUCAGACUUGAAAUUGAAGAGCGCCCACAAGCUGAUAUAAUCCUGUUAACUGGCUGGUCCGAGGUCUUCUCCACUGACAGCUUGGUGCUCAGAUGUGGUGUGCACAUACAUCAGAACACGUGGAACUACACAUGGUUUAGAAAGGGGCAAUCAAUCAAUCUUCCGCCCUCUGAGAAACAUACAGUCACACCCCAGAAUGACCCUGAGCAGAGCCUGUACACCUGCCAGGGCAUUAGGACCGGUAGACCAUCUUAUUCAAGAAGCAGUGAUUCUUUCAAGACCAAGAACCUCCUUUUGAAGAGGAGGGUGCUUCUUUCUAUCUCUGGCUGUAUCUUCUUUGGCAUCAUUGCUGUCUUCCUUGGAUGCAUUGUCCUCAGAGUCAUUCGCAAACCAGCUGAUGGUGAAGAGAAGCCAGAAGAGGCCGAGCUCUUUCUCACCAUGGCUCAGCUAAAGGACCGUGAUGAUACAGCCUGUCCACUGGUUCAGUACAUCACCGAUGCAGAACUGAAUGCUUCAUCUAAAGAAGCUGACGAGACUGGCACAAUUUGCAGUGAAACAACACAGUUACCAAUAACCUCAAUGGAGGACCAAGUUGUGACAAGUGAGAGCCAAGAUGCAACAGAAAAGAACGGUGGUCUGGUUUCCUUUAAAUAAUGAGUCACCAGUUUAGCAGAUACUUAUUAAUACGUCUAUAGACUGAUUCAGCCCUGCGAGUCUUUAAUGGACAUUUGGAUGUAUUAAGACUGGAGAUAAUGUUGCUAUUGUGUGAUGCUUACAAGUAAGCAGGGCAGCAAACUCAAAGUUUUGAUUUUUCUACUAGAUAAAAGUAGAUUCAUUAAGAUUCGGGACUGUAAAUGUUUGUACCAAAUUUAAUGGGAAGUAAAACAAUUGAUGAGAAAUUGCCCUGGAUGAACAAACAUGUCAUAUAAAUGUGUACAGAUUUGUUCUGCACUGAACAUAGCAUAAUACUGUUAGCAUUGUACAUAUUUUUAAAUCACAUGAUUUAAAUGUUAAAGGCACAAUUACAAUAUGAAACAUUAUUUAUGUGAUAAGAAUCAAUCAUAUACAUUGUUAGCUUCUUUAGUUUCUCAAUUGUUAUAAGCACUGUACAUAUAUGUGUUGAUCUGCAAGAUAAUGUAUCAAUACUCCUUUAUUUAGUGUUUCAAUUCUUCAGCAAGCACCUGGGGCCAGAUAGAUAGAUAUUUCCAUGAUAGUGUUAUCAUUUUGAGGUCUACACAGCUUUCUGUAACAUUUUUAAUCAAAUGUGCAUUUAUAAACCUAAUUUUAAACUAUUAA